AUGGCGGACCCAAUCACCUCUUCAAUAGAGAUCGGCAUCUCAGUCGUCAAAGCCGGUGCAAGUAUCGCGACAUGGUGGGAAUUGCGCCAAAGGAACAAACGUGAAGAAGGACAGGGCUCAAACUCGAGUGGAAGAGGCGCCGGCGUAGAUGAGAUCUACUUGGUCUUCGCCUCUUUGGGCCAACGUUUGAUGGCGCUUGACGUGAUCAAUUACGAUGCUUUGCCACAGGCCCUCGCAGCUGUCAAGGUUGCGAUGGACAUUUCCGAGGAUGCUCUCACUUUUGAGUUGGAGCGUCUUGAUCCCAUUCUUCAGUAUCUCAUUGCCUGCGCCUUUAUGUUCUGCGCGGCUUGUCAUCCCAUGCCUAUCUACUACGGAUAUGGCUGCGGAGUUAUGAACGACACAAACUGGAGCAACCCUGAGAACCCGACCUAUUGGAAUCUAGACAUCGAUCAGGCCAUAGCCUAUCUGAAGAGUGUUCCUCACCCUUUUCAAUUGCUCAAGAAAUCGCCUUCUCGCAUUGGACACAGCGAACCGUACUAUGAGAAGUAUGACAAGAAAACUUUGAAAGCCGAGGCUGCGGUUGUUGCGGAUAUCUUCAAACAGAUUGAGAAAGUCGGAUAUCCACAGCCACUACCGCCAAACGACGGAAUUCGCAUCAACACAUGGAGUAUGCCCUUUGCUACGUAUGGCGGUUCAGUCAUUUAUGCCAACGUCGGCCACGACACUUCACCCAUCAUGACUUGGCAGCUGGACCCCGGGCGGUUUCUGUACGCGUGGACUAUCGGCGAGCGUGCUGACCUCCGACCCGGAGAGGCAGUUUUGCUGCAGGAUGAGCAUAUUGGAGCGUUGGCAUCUUGGCUAGAGGGGUUGAAUGGAAUCACUUUCAAGGUGCUUUUGGAUUCAGACCUUGACUGGUCUAAGAUCAAGCUCAAGUCUUCAACGAAAAAGUUUUGUAUGGCACAAUCUGGGGAUGAGUACAAUAUCAGAGGUAUCCCCGAUGUUAUUGUGCGGAAUCCUGAUCCGACAGCACUUUUGGCUGCAAGACUUGAUACGCUUCACAUGGUGUCAGUUUCGGUGCCUUUUACCACAGCGAAGGAACAAGCUACGACUUCACAAGCAACAUCAUCUCCUACUCCUAGCUCUCCUCAAUCACCUAGAGUUUUCAGCUCUCCACCUGCAUCACCACAAUCACAGUCUACUAUGUCCCCAUCAUCAAUGCCAGCAAAAACGGCCCAGACCGAGUUUCACCAACAACCCCAAGUCCAAGCGACGUUACCUUGGGUCGAUUCUACGCCAAUGAUACAAACCAGCCCCCAGGCUUCUAUACCAUACAAUGCUGCCUCGGAUCCUUUCACUCCUCUUCCAACAGGAUGGGAGUGUCGACUCACUCCUGAAGGACAGAUUUAUUACGUCAACCACAACGAUCAAACCACGUCAUGGACUAAACCUAUCGCUCCCGCACUUGCUUCGCUGCCACCUGGAUGGCAGGAAAUGCACUCACCAGAUGGGAGACCUUACUACGUCGACCACAAUACCCAAACUACGUCUUGGGACCGACCACCGCCUACUGAGCCAACUCUGCCGACUUAUCAGUCCGUCAGUGGAAGGAAGCCUGUUUCUCUCAGUACGGCGAGUACCAUGUCCAGCAUGCCCACUUCUGAUAAGCGCCCAUCUACGAGCAUGCAUUCAGAGGCUACAACAAUCGUGAGCAAUUCUCAGCAAAGUCGUGUCAAGCUGAACAACUACUCCAACCCUUGCCCUCAAAGACCGCGACAAUUGCUCAACCCUUAUUUAUAUCCCGUACAGGGGAAGACGGCGUGCUGGGUAGUAGAUGUUCCCGUUACGCCCGACAUUUAUCAAAAGCUACCAGCUGAUCAAUAUGAGACGUCAUACAUCAGACAUACCGCGCUCGCAGGUCAAACUACAGAUCUCCAAAAGCUAGAAUAUUCACUCCGCCAAAGGGGCCGCACUGAGCUUGUCAUCGGCUUGAAUUUGCACAAUGAGUCAACCUUCAAGCGCGAGGUCAUCAAUGCCCAGUUGAUAAAGUCUCUCGGAAGCAUCUUAGAAGUACUACGAACACACUCAUUUUCGCGGGAGUUCAAUGAAAGAUGCAACGGCUCACCGUUGUCUGGCAUUGUUGUUUGCAUUCUGAUUCACCAAGAUCGCAUGAAAGAUGUCCCAUGGCUGCGCCAGACUGGCAUCAGCUUCUUCUGGGAUAUUCCUUCUUCCGUACCUAUCAGUGACAGUAAGAAGGGCAAUGGUCAAUUCUACGACGAUACUCACAAAGCCACCCGCAAGAUCCUCGGUAAAGAGGUAAAAUUAAAUCUAAAUGAGUACACGACCACCUUCCAUCUACAAGACUGGGAAAGAAGUCAUGGACUAAUGCCCGAUGUCGUCUCUGGUGCAGAUCCAGUACAAGUUGUGCUAUGCUCGACAUAUCGCUCAUGGACAGGAUCUUACGCUGCAGACUCUUUGAAGCAUGUUUGCAACUUACUCGAUGCCAGAUUGUGUAUUUCUGUGCCAGGUGGAACGACUAUUACCGGUUCUUCCCUUGAGAAACAAUGGCAGCUUUCACAAUACAGGAGGAAACCAGCUGAGUCAGGGCAAGAUGCCCAUUGCGAGGAGUAUAUAGGAUGACUGGAUAUUAGGCAGCAGUCUGUCGCAUUAAAGCUGGAAGCAAACACAGACUUGAAUAUAAUACAAAGCAAUAGAGAAAGGUUCAUCCUGAC